AUGCCCCCGCAUCAAGAGCGGGGGCCGUUUUCGUCAUCGUCAUCGUGCGAUGCAUGGCCCGGACCCACCACCACCCCUCCCCCUCCCUCGCACUUCCACUGCCCUGCGCGGUGGAAUGCGCGCCAUGCCCUGCAAGAGGGCAUGCAGGGCGAUAUGAAUGAUGCCCCCGCAUCAAGAGUGGGGGCCGUUUUCAUCGUUGUCGUCAUGCGAUGCACGGCCUGGACCCACCACCACCUCUCCCCCUCCCUCGCGCUUCCACUGCCCUGCGCAGUGGAAUGCGCACCAUACCCCGCAAGAGGGCAUGGAGGAGGACACCGACGACACCCCUGCGGGGGGCCAUUUUCGUUGUUGUUAUCGUGCGACCCGUGGCAUGACCCACCACCACCUCUCUGCCUCCCUUGCCCUUCCACCGCCCUGCACGGUGGAAUGCGCGCCAUGCCCCGCAAGAGGGCAUGGAGGAGGACACCGACGAUGCCCCCGCUUCAAUCGCGGGGGCUUUGUUCAUCAUCCAGGACCCUCAACGUCGGCCCGCCCGAUAACAUCCCCCACUCCUCACCACCACCCUCCGGCGACGAAUGCAAGCAGCCUGGCACGAGGACGUGCUGGGUGACAUAA